CACAAAACAAUUUUCGGUUUCACAAUAUAUUUUCUCUCUCCACUGUCGCCUGAGGAGGUGACCGUCACCUCCUUCAGAAAAAACACCACUCCAUCUCCGUCGGAAGAAAACUUUUUUAAGAAAAAAAAGAGAGUAAGAUUAUUCUUCUUCCUAAAGAGCUGCCAUGGCGUCGUCCGGCAGUCUUACCGACAAGAACGUCGUUUUCAGGAAACUCAGAGCAAAAUCAGAAAACAAGAUGUGUUUUGAUUGCAAUGCUAAAAAUCCUACAUGGGCAUCUGUAACCUAUGGGAUCUUUCUCUGCAUCGAUUGCUCGGCAGUUCACCGGAGCCUCGGUGUCCACGUUAGCUUCGUCAGGUCUACAAAUUUAGACUCAUGGUCUCCAGAGCAAUUGAGGAUGAUGAUUUAUGGGGGAAACAACCGUGCUCAAGUUUUCUUUAAGCAGCAUGGAUGGACUGAUGGAGGCAAAAUUGAGGCCAAGUAUACUUCAAGAGCUGCUGAUUUAUAUAGGCAAAUACUCUCCAAAGAAGUUGCUAAAAGUAUGGCAGAAGAGGGAGGUUUGCCUUCAUUGCCUGUUGCUUCUCAGAUAUCACAAGCUAGCAAUGGAAUUCCUGAAAUCAAGACAAAUGAAGCUCCUAAGGAAAGUACCUUGGGCAGGCAUGACGCACCAGAAAUAUCUGUAUCACCAAAAGCUUCUAAUCCAGUUGUUUCUAGUACUGUCAAGAAGCCUCUUGGUGCAAAGAAAACUGGGAAAACUGGGGGCCUUGGUGCAAGAAAGCUUACUAAUAAGCCAAAUGAAAAUCUUUAUGAUCAGAAGCCUGAAGAACCAGCUCUUCCAGUUCCUUCUGCACCUAAUAACAGUUCUCCAGGUGGCCCAUCUUUCACAUCCCGCUUUGAAUAUGUAGAAAAUGUUCAGACUCAGGAGUUAAGUUCUGGUGAUCCACAAGUGCUUAGCCAUGUAGCUCCCCCCAAAUCAUCAAGCUUCUUUGCAGAAUUUGGAAUGGAGAGCAGUUUUCAAAAGAAAACAAGCUCAAAUUCUUCAAAAGCGCAAAUUCAGGAAACUGAUGAGGCUCAGAGAAAGUUCUCAAAUGCAAAAUCUAUUUCAUCAGCCCAGUUUUUUGGUGAUCAGAGCAGAGCAGCAGACAUUGAAGCUCAAGCUUCUUUGCAGAAGUUCUCUGGUUCAUCAGCCAUCUCCAGUGCAGAUCUUUUUGGCCAUCAAUCCGAUCAAAAUCCUCUCGACCUUACUGCUAGUGAUCUCAUAAACCGGUUUUCUUUCCAGGCACAACAAGACAUCUCUUCCCUUAAGAACAUUGCUGGAGAAACUGGAAAGAAGCUUAGCUCGCUGGCGUCCUCUCUCAUGACAGAUCUCCAGGACAGAAUCCUGUGAUAUGGUGUCAAUCUACAAAAUGUGCAAGGUGUCAUGUCACCAAACACCAGCCAGUUCUUGCAUAGUGACUAAAAAGAUUUAAUGAUAAAUUCUUUUUCAGGACAAAUAAAACUUAGAAUCUUAGCAGGUACAUAGCAGGCUGGUUUACAUAUUUUGUAGUGCAUGGUUGUUUUGAGAUUGAUUAUGAGUGUAGUUUUCUCAUUCAGUAAUUGUAUCUUUGUAUCACUCUGCAAACCAAGCAAAGGUUUAAGCAGGAAUUUGAUCUUAUGAGCUAUGUUCUAAAGCUAUCAUUGCAUGUGACAAACUUGAGUCCGCAGCCAUGCUAAUUUUUUGCAAUAUGACCAAGUUAUCUUGGUGCCUAAAGAGGUGUCAAGAGAUUGUUGAAAAAUUUUAUGUCAUGGUACAAAGAAAAAUGCUAUAAUCAA